AUGAAGAAUCCCAUCCUAUUGGACGGUCGCCAUCCCUUCACCAAAUUAUUAAUAAUGAAGGAGCACAGAAGAGCGGGACACGGAAGCCGAGAGAGAGUGGUGAAUGACCUGCGUCAGAGAUACUGGAUCCUAAAGCUAAGACCGACAGUCAGAAGUUUGACGAAAGAUUGCGCCUUUUGUCACGUGAGAAGAGCUAAUCCUAAGAAGCCGCCUGUGGGAAACUUACCCGAAGAACGACUGGGAGCUUUCCACAGACCCUUUUCUCAUUGCGGGUUGGAUUACUUCGGUCCCAUGACGGUGACGAUCGGUAGACGUCAUAUAUUCACGUGCCUGACAACACGAGCGGUUCACCUAGAGCUUGUAGCAUCCUUAUCCACGGAUUCCGCAAUCAUGGCAAUAAGAAGAAUGGCAGCUCGACGCGGAUGGCCCAUAACCAUGUACAGCGAUAAUGGGACGAACUUCAAAGGAGCAGAUGCUGAGCUCCGACAGGCCUACGCGGAUUGGACUCCAGCCAUGCAGGAACUAGGACUCCAUUAUCGGAUGCAGUGGAAGUACAUCCCUCCUGGAGCUCCCAGCCAAGGUGGAGCAUGGGAGAGAAUGGUGCGGUCAGUAAAAACCGCUUUGAUCGCUACGUUGAACGAGAAGGCACCGAAAGAGGAGGUGCUGCAGACCGUGUUGACAGAGGCAGAAUACUCUAUCAACGCGAGACCCCUCACGCACGUGUCGGUGGAUCCUGACGACCCUGAAGCGUUAACUCCUAACCACUUCUUGAUCGGGUCAUCAACAGGCCAGCCGUACGUGGGACCCUGCGAAUUGGCUGACAGACGAACCUGGAGAGCAGCUCAAGGACUAGCAGACGAGUUUUGGAGGAGAUGGCUCCACGAGUACCUGCCGACGCUCGUGCCACGACGAGGAACGCCACAGAACCCCCGAGUGAUCGCUGAAGGGGACGUGGUCAUCGUGGUCGACUCAUCGCUGCCUCGCAAUACAUGGCCGCGAGGGAUUGUGGAACGUGUAUAUCCGGGCCCAGAUGGUCAGGUGCGCAGUGCGGACGUCCGAACACGGAGCGGAGUGUUCCGGCGACCAACCUCCAAGCUAGCGGUGCUGCAGGAGACAAUCCAGGAUGCAAGACUAACCUCGCUGUCACCAGAAGAGGCUACGUCGUCACUACGCCGGGGGGAGACUGUAGAGGACAGCGUGAAAUAA